GUAGCAGCUGCUGGAGGACUUCUGAAAUUUACAGUCUCCUAUGAUUUCACAGAAGAAGAGACAGUUCGUCUGAUGGUUCAAUCUGAUGUCAUCAUAGAGGGAGGUGACUUGAGAAUCAGCACUCCAAAACGGGGGAUUCACCUGCAGCCUUCUGAAGAGCACACUGAAGAAAUUGUGCUGAAACCAGAAUCUUUCUCUGUGCAUGGCACUGAUGUUCCAGUCAGCAGGAGGGAGUUCAUGACUAUCCUUGCAAAUGUAAAGAGGAUCCUCAUAAGAGCUACAUACAGCUAUGGGAUGAAUGCCAUCUACAGGCUAAGAAGCGUUAACAUUGAAGCUGCUGACCACACUUCAACUGGGAGAAAGGUGGCAUCUGCAGUGGAGUUAUGUGACUGUCCCCCGGGGUAUGAUGGUACCUCGUGUGAGUCUUGCUGGCCUCAACACAGGCGUGUGAAUGGCACAGUUUUUGGUGGAGUCUGUGCACCAUGUACAUGCUUUGGUCAUGCAGAAUUGUGUGAUGAUAUCACGGGAGAAUGCCUGGACUGCAAACACAACACAGGUGGUUCAUAUUGUGAUAGAUGUCUUCCUGGCUUCUAUGGUGAUCCUACUAAAGGGACGGCUGAAGACUGUCAGCUGUGUGCUUGCCCCCUAAAUAUACCUUCUAACAAGUGUGCAGAAGGCUAUUUUGGACAACCUCUAAUACCAGGGGGAUCAUGCCAGCCAUGCCCGUGUAAUGACAACCUUGACUUCUCCAUUCCUGGCAGCUGUGACAGUUUGUCUGGUGCUUGCCUGAUAUGUAAGCCAGGUACAACAGGCCAAUAUUGUGAGAGGUGUGCUGAUGGAUAUUUUGGCGAUGCUCUUCAUGCAAGGAACUGUCAACCUUGUCACUGUCACAUCAAUGGCUCCUUCUCAGAGAUCUGUGACUCUCGGACAGGCCAGUGCGAGUGUAAAGCCAACGUGAUUGGGCGCCGGUGCGAUGUCUGCAAGCCCACCUACUUCUGGGCCCCAGAAAAGCUGUUUUGUAUACCCUGUGGCUGCAGUGCUUUAGGAUCCAUGUCACUGCAAUGUGAUAUGUCAGGAAGAUGUAUCUGCAAAUCAGGAUUCAUGGGCAGACGCUGUGAAAUCAGCAGACAGGUGCCUAAAUUGAAAGAAAAUGCACGAAGCAGUCAGCAGAUCCGAGUCCCCCCUCGGAGAUGGGGCGUCAGCAGUGCCAGUGGGUGCCCACGGGGUGCUUACCGGCCUGCUACUCCGCCUGAAACAUUUGGCUUGCAGUCUUCAAGAGGAUGUGUUCCCUGCAACUGCAACUCUUUUGGUUCCAAGUCCUUUGACUGUGAUGGAGAUGGACAGUGUUACUGCCAGCCUGGAGUGACAGGAAAGAAGUGUGACCGCUGUGCUCAUGGAUUUUACAACUUUGAAGAAGGAGGCUGUACUCCCUGUGAGUGUUCACGUUUUGGUAAUAACUGUGAUCCCAUCAGUGGCCGCUGUAUCUGCCCUCCCAAUACUGUUGGAGAGAUGUGUGACAAAUGUGCACCAAACUACUGGGGCCAUAACAUUGUCAGUGGCUGCAAGCCCUGUGACUGCAGCCUCAUUGGAGCCCUGAGUUCUCAGUGUGACUUAAAUACAGGCUGUUGCUUCUGCCGUCCUGAAUUCUCUGGGGAUAAAUGCACUGAGUGCAGGUUGGGUUACUGGAAUUAUCCACAGUGUGUUGCUUGUCAGUGCUUCCUGGCAGGGACUGAUCCACAGAGCUGCGAUACAGAGUUGGGGAAGUGCUCAUGCGUUGAUCAUACUGGCCAAUGCAGCUGCAAGGUUAAUGUGGAAGGUGUCCACUGUGACAGGUGCAAGUCUGGUACAUUUGGUCUCUCUGCCAGAAACCCACUUGGCUGCAGCAGUUGCUAUUGCUUUGGCCUGACUACACAGUGCAGUGAGGCAAGGGGGCUGAUUCGCGUGUGGGUGACCUUGAAGCCGGAGCAAAUGAUUCUGCCACUGGUGGAUAUAAAGCUUCAGAGCAGCACUCUUUCAGGGAUUGCAUUCCAGCCUCCUGAAAUAGUAGCAGAUAUAGAACAGGUGAUGCGGGAUCUUCGGUCAGAACCUGUUUACUGGAGACUUGCAGAACAGUUUGAGGGACAAAAGCUGGCUGCUUAUGGAGGGAAACUGAAAUAUGCAAUCUACUUUGAAGCACGAGAAGAGACAGGUUUUACUACUUACUACCCACAAGUCAUCAUAAGAGGCGGGCCUCCCACCCACACGAGAAUUAUUGUCCGGCAUAUGGCUGCCCCUCUGAUCGGGCAGCUGACAAGGCAUGAGAUAGAGAUGACGGAGCAUGAAUGGGAAUAUUAUGGUGAUGACCAAAGAGUCAGAAACGCUGUGCCCUGGGAAUAUUAUCGUGAUGACCCAGGUAUGAACAGGACAGUGUCCCAGGCAGAUUUCACCUGGAAGCAUUAUGGAGAUGACUCAAGACCAAGUAGAGCUGUAUCCCGGGAAGACUUCCUGAAUGUGCUGUAUGAUGUUCAUUACAUUCUCAUUAAGGCUACUCAUGGCAAUAUCAUGAGGCAGAGCAGGAUUUCUGAGAUUUCAAUGGAAGUUGCUGAAAGUGGACCUGUGUCUGGAAUGACUCCUCAAGCUUACUUGAUUGAGAAAUGUAACUGCCCAUUGGGUUAUUCUGGUUUGUCUUGUGAG